AUUUUUGAACAAAAUAUAUUUUAAGAACUUUCUUCGAAAAUUAUACCAUAAAAUUAUUUAAUAACUAAAUAUAUUUACUGAAUUUGAUUUUUGCGAAUGGCUGGCAGUAAUGCCACCAAAAGUGUGUUAGGCGAAUUGGCGAAACGUGUGCCAAAUAAUCAGAAGAAACAAUUUCGUCAUUUUCUCGAUCUCAAUACUGAAUACAAAAAGCGCGUGAACAAAUACCCUGAGAAGCUGCCGCGAAUCGAUUGGGAUUACUAUCGCACGAACGUAAGGAUAGAAGCCAUUAAGAUGGUGGAUGAAUUCGAGAAGAAAUACGAAGAGUUGAAUAAGGUGUUCGAUGAUCGUGUAAAAUUAGACACGAAGAGAUACUACGAAGAACUAGAGAAGCAGAGAACAGUAGUGCAGGCACAAGUGAAGCAGUACAUCGUUGAAUCAAACGAACGCGUGAAAGCGUAUGAAGCUGAAAUAGAGCGACUUUGUAGAAUGAAACCUUAUUCGUCAAUGACAAUGGAAGAGUUUAUUAAUUUGCGCCCUGAAUGCUCAAAUUAUAUACCACAUCAACGUAAGCCUCUCUUCUGGCCACACGAUCCAGACGAGCAGACACCUGGACCGGUAGGUCUGCCGAAAAUAGAUGUUGGACGUGGAGGAGGUGAUGCUGGUGGUAGGGGCGGCAAACGGACUAUUAAACCGCGUGACAGCACGGAAAGUUUCGAAUUCAGGGAAAUUGAGGCGAAACCAUCUAAAGAUAUUGAAGAAAGUGCCGCACUCAAAUCAAAAGCUGAUUCAGAAGUAAGGCCGCAGAAUGAGCCUGAAGAAGAAAUUAGUUCAAAAGGCGUAGGGGAACCAAAGCCUUACGUAGAUAAACCCAUUUCUGAAGAGGAGAGACGAAAGCUAGAUCCAUGCGGGCUAAUCAAAAAACAAGCCGAAGAGAAGCCACAAAAAGUUGAUAUAGUAACUGACCCGCGGAAGGAGAAGCACCCAUGCGACUUGAUAAAAACGAAAUCAGAGCCUACUGCUAAAGAAGACGACACCUGCAAUACUGCAUCUAAGGGACCUUGUAAAGAUGAAGCGAAACGUACCUCCGUUUUCGUGGAUCCAUGCAAUGUUGGAUUUGGAAAGAAAGCAGAUGUUAAGCCAGCGGUUGAAAAAGCUGAACCUAAAACAGAGCCUGAAUCACAACCAGUGGAAUCUAAAACAUCACACCCGUGUGAUAUAGUCAAGAAGAAAGCUGACGUUAAGAACGAUACAUGUAAGAGUGCCUCAAGAAAGAAUCAAUCUAAAGAUGGAAAAGGCACCAGCGUCUUCUUUAAUCCAUGCACAGCUGGAUCUGGCGCUGGGGUAAAAGCAGAUGUUAAAGCAGCAGACAAAAAAUCCGCAGCAAAGACUGAACCAAAGCCAACGGAACCCAAAAAGACAUCACCGUGCGAGAAAGACAAGAAAAAACCUGAAGACGAAAAAGAUCCAUGUAAAAUUACGACAAAUAAUGAGGACCCUAAAGAUUGCAAAGAUAAGAAUCGCGUAUUUGUGCAUCCAUGCAGUUUUGGACCACACUCGAAAGCAGCUGAUUCAAAGUUAGAGGAGACUACAUCUGACACUAAGCCAUGUACUUUGGAAGUGAUAAAACCAAAAGAAGUUAAAACAACACAACCCUGUGAUGACGCAAAGAAGCCAAAAGCUGAAGCCGAUAUGAUAAAGGACAAAAACAAUUUUACCGUUGUGUUUGCAGAUACCAAAGGUGCCAAAUCACCCAAGGAUCGUUCCAAAGAAGAUAAGAACAAGCCUGACAAGCCCUGCGGCGCUCUUCCGUAUUACAAUCCAUUCCGAAGUGAAGAAGAAAAUAGAAAAAAUGAAGAGAAGAUGUGCGAAGAUAGCGAACAUGAUGAUCCAUGUGCUAAAGAUAAUAUCGAUGAGGAAUAUUACGACCCAUGCAAAGAUGACAAAUAUGACGAAGAUAAGUAGUAGCAAAGAGUUCGUUCCGAUACAUUUUGAAGAUAUGUAUGUAUAUAUUUGGAGUUUUUAUCUAUAUAUUUUUCGGGAUUUUACUUUGCCUCAUUUGCGAGAACAUUUUUGC